GUACGUUUAAACGUGAUUUAUUGACACAAAUACGUUUAGAUUUGUUUAUUAUAGAUAUGGAAGUAGUUAGACGUGUAUGGAAAAAUCCUCUUUUACUGUAUAAAACUGGAUUACGGGUAUCAUUUAGAAACAGUUCAGCAUCUAAAGUAACAAAAAAGGAAAAUGUUUCCAUGCGUGAUAAUGAUUUGCAAUUAUCAAAUGUAGAUGUAGGUGUACAAAAUGACGCAACAUUUAAUGCCCUUGUUUCAACAGAAGAGUUAUUAGCACAAAUAGGAUUGGCAAGAGAAUUUGCAACAGAUAGUAAAGUUGAACAUCCUUAUGUUGAUAAAUUAAAGAGGGUACAAAUGAUUUUAUUUGAUUUAAGUCAUGCUAUAUUAAAACCAAUACCUGGAAAAAGUAAGGCAUUUGAAAGUAAACAUAUUAAUGAUUUAGAAGAAUGGAUAAUAGAAUAUACCAAUCAACUACCACCUCAGGAAACCUAUAUUAUUCCGGGCGGUGGGAAAGCUUGUUCUACUUUACAUUCAGCAAAAGCAAUAUGCAAACGUGUAGAAAGAAAUGUUGCAUUUUUGGUUCAAGAUGGUUUAUUAAAUAAAGAGGCACAAAUAUAUUUAAAUAAAUUACAGAACUUCCUAUUAACAACAUCACGUAUUGCAGCUAAAUGUGAUCAACGUACUGAAAAUAUAUAUAUUCCUAGAGUAGAAGUUGAAAAGAACGAGGAAAAGUAAACUAUAAAAUUUCUGAGUCGUAUUUGUAGAUUAUUUUCUACUGCUUUUAUUGUAAAAGUAAC